UUGAAAACAAUAAAUAUGCUUACCAAUUGUUUGUUAUUCAAUUGUAACAAUUAAAUGAUUAACCAAAAUUCUCAUAUUUAGUCCAAGUCCAUUUUCUAUAAGAAGUAAGAACCCUAAAACUCCUUUUUCACUUCUCAGAUACACUACAACUACAAGAUCUAAAAAAAACAAAAAAAUUGUCCAAUUCCAGAAAACAAAUUAAAAUGGGAACAAAACAGAUCGUCACAGUGAUGUUCUUCAUUUUAUCAGUGAUCAUGGCGUUGCUUUGUCAUCAUCAAUCCGAAGCUCAAGCGCCGAUACCAAAUCCCGGUGAUUGCUUCUCGUCAAUAAAGAAUGUUAAAGGUUGUGUCGAUGCUCUGAAAGCUGCCACUAAAGGACAUCUUAAAGGUUUGGGCAAGGAUUGUUGCCACGCCAUCAAUGGCCUCGUCGACGAUUGUUUUCCGAUCCUUUUCCCCGGAAAACACUACAUUGCAGUACUCGUUAAGGAUGCAUGUGCUUUUAAUUAAUUAUUAGAUCAAAUAAUUGUUUCCUUGUAACGCAAGACACUCCGCGUUUGGGUAUACCUUUUUUUCCUAAGAAAAUUUAAUAAAUCAGUAAAAGUGCUGUUUGAUUUUAUCUCUAACCAAAGUCAAUAAAAUUCAGUCAAUGCAUAGGCACUAAACAAGUUUUCAACAUUCAAAAAAUCCUCCAACAACAUCUUAAUUAAUUCUCAAAUUAUAAACUCAUAUACAAAAAAAAAAACAAAGAGAAGCCUACACGAGUGGUCUAGUGGUAGCUAAUGAUGACUAGGGUAGGUUAUAAUUAAUGAGUUACCCCAUGUUCGAUUUGUCCUAGAAACUACUCCACAAUUGUGUGGGUGUCAUGGGUUUUCACAUGGCUCCAUUGUCCGUGAGAAUAGUUGGAUCUCAUGAUCAACUUGAUCUGUGAGUUAUCCUCUCUGUUUUUAAGUAGACUGUUUCACAAGUCUAGGUAGAAAUCUGUAUUGCCUGUUGAGUUUUUUUUUUUAUUUCCAAAAACAUAACAUGCAAUAACUCAGAUGUAAAAGUUAACCUCUCUAUUUUUUUCAUGAAACCAAUACAUCUUUUUUUUUUGGAAUUUCCCUUUAUAGUGUUUCAAAAUUUCCAAAAUCCAAUUCUACUACAACCAUUCUUUUCCUCUCUCUUUUUCAUACAUUUUUUAAUAUAAAUUUAUGAAAGUCAACUUCAAUUUAUAAAAUUCCUAAAUAUUCUGUAAGACACUUUGAAUUUAUUACCAAAAUAUUUUUGUAUUGAAAACAAUAAAUAUGCUUACCAAUAUUUGUUAUUCAUGAAAUGUAGCAAUUAAAUGACUAACCAAAAUUCUCAUAUUUAGUCCAAGUUCAUUUUCUAUAAGAACCCUAAAACUUUUCUUUCCACUUCUCAGACACACUACAACUACAAGAUCUAAAAAAAAAAAACUGUCCAAUUCCAGAAAACAAAAAUGGGGACAAAACAGAUCGUCACAGUGAUAUUCUUUUUUUUUAUCUGUGAUCAUGGCGUUGCUUUGUCAUCAUCAAAGCAUGUUAAAUCCCGGUGAUUGCUUCUCGUCAAUAAAGAAUGUUAAAGGUUGUGUGGAUGGUGUGAAAGCUGCCACUAAAAGAGAUUUCAAGGUUUGAGCAAGGAUUGUUGCCAAGCCAUCAAUGGCCUCGUCAACCAUUAUUUUCUGAUCCUUUUCCCCGGAAAACCAUACAUUGCACUACGCGUUAACCAUGCAGGUUAUGGUAAUUAAUUAUUAAAUCAAAUACUUGUUUCCUUGUAACACAAAACACCCUGCGUUUGGGUAUACCUUUUUUCCUAAGAAAAAUUUAAUAAAUCAAUAAAAAGUGUUGUUUGAUUUUUUCACUUACCAAAAUGAAAAUUCAAUAAAAUCCGGUCAAUGCAUAUGCACUAAACAAGUUUUCAAUAUCCAAAAAAUCCUCCAACAACAUCUUAAUUCUGAAAUUAUAAUAAAGUCAUGUAUAAAAUAAUAAUAAAGAGAAGCCCACACGAGUGCUCUAGUGGUAGUGAAACUAAUAAGGAAGGUUAUAAUUAAUGAGCUACUCAAGUUCAAUUUAUCCUAGAAACUACUCCACAAAUAUGUGGAUGUCAUGGAUUUUCACAUCGCUCUCCUUAGCCCCGAGUUUAGUCGGAUUUUAUGGCCCAUUGAUCCGAGAACCAGUUAGGAAAAAAAGUUCCCUCGACCUAGUUCGAAUUUUAUGGUGUCUGUUGAACAAUAUCACCUAAAUUAUAAAAAAAAAAAGAAAAAAACUCUAAAAUCACAUUAUCAAGUUUUUGUUGCAAAAAUAUCAUCAUUAGGGUUUAAUAUUCCACCAUUUAAAAAAUAUUUGGGUUCAUAUUUCUAUUUUAGG